AAGAAAGAAAAAAAAACACAAAAUCAGUUGUGAUUAAGAACUUCUUUAAAAAAUGGUUGUCAUGGGGAAGCAAGCAAUUUGGGAGAAGCCAGUACAACUUCUGGGGGCCAGGGAUAGCUUGUUUCUCCUUACUUCAAUUACUGAGUAGCAGUGACUAAAAGGAAGCAUUUUAAUUGCCCUAAGUGCCCACACUUGCCUGGGAGAUACGAUGAUGCUCACCUGCUGUCUUUGGUCAGGUUUCCCAAUUCAUAUUCAAGGAAACGAUUGGGUCAAAUCCAUGCCUAAUUCCAACAAAACUGAAUUUUCUUUUUUUUUUUGUUGGGGAGGGUGGGAGCCUUAAUCAUCUGCAUGAUUACACUUCCUAUCUCUGCUUCUCUUUGAGGAAGUACAGCAUUUCCUUUGCUCAAACAACUCCUACAGAAAGAAAGCUAAUAGAGACACACCAAUUUCCUUUCCAUUGAAUUUUUGAUUAUUUCAGUCAGUCCUCUUAAUUCCCUUAAUUUCUGUCUUAUCCGAAGGGAUGUGAUGUACGUAUAUUUGGAAUAUAAUAUACUUAUUAAAAACAGAUUAACUGCAUAAUGGAGGGGAAUGUAAACAUUAAGAAAAUAUAUAUUUGUUUUAUGUUUAGUACCCCAUAGUUUCCUAGACUCAAGUUUCCUAAGACUCAAGUAUGAAAAAUACUGGCUCUUAAAUGCCCCGCAUCUUAUUCUGUUGUCUAAUAGUCUGUUUAUAUCAAAAUAAGUGCCUCUUCUCACAAAUCAUUCUGAACCACAGGCCAUCAAGGCCUUCCCUGCCCUCCUAGGUGGUCUGGGAAGAUUGCUGCAUGAAAUCAUCCAUCUCCUGAUGGCAUGCCAGCCAGCAGCAACAAGUACUGGAAGGCUGACAAAGAUGAUAGCUGUUACUUGUUUUCUCUUUAGAGUGCCGUAACCAAGGGAAGUCUGGACCACCUGGAGUUCACAUUUAAUUGCAAUAAUCUAGGUAUAUAUAUUUUUAAAGGUUUGAUAGUUUUGAUAUAGCUCCUAGGCAUUCAGAAAUGAAGCAAUCCAGAGAACACACCAAUUGUGCAAGAAGGACAGUGUUCAUAAACCCAUUUGUGGAAGCAAGGCAGGUCUACACAGCACGAUGCAAAACGAAAGUUUGGCAAAACUUUAGUCAGUCGAUUAACUGGCAUAUUAACUCUGCCAAGCACAUAAAUAUGUGAAGAUAUAACAUUAUCCAGGUUGGCAGGGAGCUUUGAUGAAAUUAAGCAGAGAACAACCAACUCUCCACUUAAGGAUGUGCUAGAAAGGUAAGAGACGCGGUGUUUUGCAGAUAGUCUUGGUGUUGGGCAGACCUGAAAGUUCUUAGCAGGUGAGCUAUAAUGGAAGGAAAGGACAUGUAAAUUACAGAUCAUUUCCCUGGGGGAACAGUAAUGUCCUUGCUGUUUUCUUUUCAGUAUUAACUAGGCAGUUUGACUUCUUAGAAUGGUUUUGUCAUCUCAGGAUUACUAUUUUAUGAAUCACACUGAACAGAGCCAACGUCUUUUUGAAGUUCUAAUUGCAGGUGUUUUUGAAGAAAAAUUCACCAUUUGGAUGUGAGGAAGGACAUGAGGAGACCAAAGACCUGGGAUUUUGCUGAUCAGAAUGAAACAAAUGUUGAAAGACUUCUCAAAUCUAUUGUUGGUGAUGCUCUGUGACUAUGUUCUUGGAGAAGCUGAAUAUCUCCUUCUGGGGGAACCGGGCCAUGUAGCACUAAGCAACAGGACAGUGUCUGUGGAUUUCCAGUAUUUGGAUGGCGCCAAUGGGACGCUGAGGAAUGUCUCUGUCCUGCUGUUGGAGGCCAACACCAAUCAGACUGUUACCACCAAAUACCUCCUGACCAACCAGUCCCAGGGGACCCUCGAGUUUGAGUGCUUCUACUUCAAGGAGGCCGGCGACUACCGGUUCACGAUGACUCCGGAAGCCACAGACAGCAGCCCUCCGGUCCCCUGGUGGGAGAGGAGCGCCUUUCUGAAGGUGGAAUGGCCUGUCUUUCAUGUUGACCUGAACAGGACAUCCAAGGCAGCUGAAGGCACCUUCCAGGUGGGCCUUUUUACCAGUCAGCCGCUGUGCCUGUUCCCCGUGGACAAGCCCGGCAUCUUGGUGGAUGUCACCUUCACCAACAGCCUUCCGGAGGCAAGGAUGAGUCCGGGCCAGCCGCUGGAGAUAAGGGCUAGCAAGAGGGCAGAACUCGCUCAAGGCCAGUGGGUUGAGUUUGGCUGUGCACCUGUGGGGCCGGAAGCCUAUGUCACCGUGGUGCUGAAGCUGCUCGGCGGGGACUCGGUCAUUACGUCCACAGGCCCCAUUGACCUGGCCCAGAAGUUUGGAUAUGCACUGGUGAUGGCGCCAGAGCUCACCUGUGAGUCCGGGGUGGAGGUGAGGGUGCUGCCCCCGCCAUGCAUCUUUGUCCAAGGGGUGAUCGCUGUCUUCAGGGAGGCCCCCAGACGCCCUGGGGAAAGGACCAUCCGGUUGGCUGAAAACAGUCUGACCUUGGGAGAAAGGAGAACAGUAUUCAACUGCACUUUGUUUGACGUGGGGAGGCAUAAAUACUGCUUUGACUUUGGCGUCUCAAGCAGAAGCCAGUUUUCUGCAAAGGAGAAGGAGUGCAUGCUAAUUCAGAGAAAUAUAGAAACUUGGGGACUGUGGCAGCCGUGGAGCCAGUGUAGUGCCACGUGUGGGGACGGUGUCAGAGAGCGUCGCCGCCUGUGCCUGCCCUCCUCCCCCUCCCGACCUGGCUGCCCUGGAAUGUCCUCGGAGAGCUCCCCAUGUUCCCUGGAGGACUGUACGGCUUUCCAGCCAUCCAGUCCGUCUCCUUUCCAGCCCCAGACUCCCGUGAAGUCCAACAACAUCGUGACGGUCACUGGGAUAUCCCUGUGCUUGUUCAUCAUCGUGGCCACUGUGCUCAUCACGCUGUGGCGGAAGCUGGGCCGCGCCCCCAAGUGCAGCACCCCAGUCCACCACAACUCCCUGCACGCGCCCGGCUGCUGGAAGAACUCAGACGAGGAGAACAUCUGCGAGCUGAGCGAGCCCCGUGGCAGCUUCUCAGAUGCUGGCGACGGGCCGGCGGGGAGCCCCGCGGGCCAGGGCAUCCCUCUGACCUACCGGCGGAGCGUGCCGGCGCCCCCCGAUGACGAGACCUCGGGCAGCGAGAGCUUCCAGUCCAACGCCCAGAAGAUCAUCCCACCCCUGUUCAGCUACCGCCUGGCCCAGCAGCAGUUGAAGGAGAUGAAGAAGAAAGGCCUGACGGAGACCACCAAGGUGUACCACGUGUCCCAGAGCCCCCUGACGGACACCGCCAUCGACGCCGCCAUCGCCGCACCCCCGGGAGGCUCCGAGAGCCCCGAAGAAGCCGCGGCCGGCAAGUUCCGCCUCAAAUCCCCGUUCCUGGAGCAGCCGCCCGCGGUCGGCGCCGGGGACAGGCCCCCCUCCCGGCUGGACCACCCGCUCUCGCCGGCCAGCUGCGCCGUCAGCCCCAGCCAGAGCCUCCUCCGCAAGUCGCAGAUGAGGAGCCACCCCCGGGGGUCCUAUUUCCGGAGGACGGCAAGUUUCCACGAGGCCAGGCAGGCCCGACCGUUCCGGGAGCGGAGCCUGUCCACCCUGACCCCCCGGCAAGCCCCCGCCUACAGCUCCAGGAGCCGGACGUGGGACCAGGCGGGAGAGCGAGUCCGGCCCCCAAGUCGAGGCGCUGCCCUGUUUCCGGAGAAACGGGACCACUGUCCAGGGGCAGGUGGAAGCAGUGGCCCGUUAAGCCCUUUCCCUAAACCCCACACCCUGGGGCAGCCCACGAGGAAACCAGACCUGGGGGAUCGCCAGGCAGGGUUCGUGGCGGGAGGUGAGAGAACGGAGCCUCACCGGGCUCGGAGGGGACCAUCCCCCAGUCACAGGAAUGUCUCAAGGAAGCGGCCUUCCUCCCCGGCCCCCAGAGAUAGCUACCAGAGGGUCAGUCCUCUGAGCCCUUCUCAGUGUCGGAAAGACAAGUGUCAGAGCUUCCCCGCCCACCCGGAGUUCGCCUACUACGACAACACAUCCUUCGGCCUCACUGAGGCGGAGCAGGGGAUGCUGGACCUCCCGGGAUAUUUUGGGUCAAACGAAGAGGAUGAAACCACGAGUACGCUGAGUGUGGAGAAGCUGGUCAUCUAGACCGAGAUCAGCCUGAGACUUCACACAACAGGGGUCCUUUGCCCACCUCAGGGUAUCAGCUGCUCGCAUUGUUUUGUGGACUGUUUUGUGUAACUAUUUGUACAGCAGGACAGGAUGUGGGGAGGUGGUAACUGACACCGGUGUCCGCAUGUGUUUUAAUUCAUAAGGAAGAAGUUAUUUAUCCGGAGCUUUUCCCUUCGUUAUCCUGUUUCUAUUGGCUUAUUACUGCUAACUCUGAUAAUAAAAAUUUAAACGAGUGCAAUAGGGCUUGGUCUCUCAUGUGAAUAUGAAAAAUGACAAGAUGCAACUUGCCAGGUUCCAACUUGAAACAAACCUGAGAGUUUCAACAGGAAGAAGGGCUGGAACAAAGUAAGCUCGCCAAUACAACCCCGAACUGUAAUUUAUUAAGUUUUAAAUCCUUCAGAAUUUGACUCCUGCGCGGGCAGUAUUGAACAGGUUUUAUAUUUGACUGAUUAAGUCAAUUAUGGCUAUUCCUAGGUUACCUAGAAUUGGUGAUACCACAAGAUAUUCCAGAAGAACUUUCAGGCCAGAGUUGGGUGAUAUCUUACUGUUUUUUACGCAAGAAAGAGUGCUGGGGACUCGACACAAACUUUAUGUGAGUUAGUUCUGCUUUGGAGAAAGAAUAUAAGAAGCUGAUCGUUCAGGUAGUGAGUCCAAUGAAGACCUGUCCAUCAUUGUUCUGAGCAAAAAGUAAACAUUUUGGAAAGGAAGGUGUUGUCUCCCAGGAGAGCAUCAGCUGGAACCCGGGCAGUGGGUGCCGCCUGGCAUCAGGAUGCUGACUAUGUGCUCGUGGACCAAGCUGCAGCCAGGACCCCAGGAGUGUCAUUCUGAAACUGAAAGCUGUGUUCUCGUUCCAAGUUCACAGGCUUGUGUGCCAACCUUUGACAGAAGGUAUGCGUGCUUGGUCCAGACCUCACAAUGAAUUUCCAAAAAAUUGUUCUUAUCAGACUGAGACAAAAACAGCUAUGGGGAAGGUGAAAAUUAGAGAAAAACAGUAUGAACAGAAAGAUCUUCUGUUAAAUUACGUUCUUCCCCUGUAUAUCAUGCAUUUAACUUAAUAUCACAGUGAAUUAAUACCAGCAUAUAAUAUGUUCACCAUCUGCCUAGCCCGGUUUUCUGUGGGUCAAUCUCUGCAUUUCAAAGUUAAGCGAAUUUGGCCUCUGUCUCUGAGAAAAAGAAAAGUGGGUGCUUCGGCACUGUCUUUGGUGGUUAAGUGGUUAACUUCCUUAGAAAUAAUCUCCUAUUCCUCACGAGCAUGUCCCUAGGUCCUAGCCCCAGUGGCUGCCAUUACGUAGGCGCUCAAUAAAGAUUUGUUGACUAAAUGACCGGCUAUUCAAAAGCCCUCAAACUAUAUUUGUGGUUGAACCAGAACAAUUCUGUGUAACGCUUUAAAUCUUAAACCAUUGAGAAUGAGAUGUGUUCCUGCGAGAUACUGUGGGGUUUUUAAUUUCUAGAAGUAUCCAAAAAUGAAGAAAUCCUUAUCUUUUGGGGAUAAUACCCUCCCUGGCUGAAGAUGAAGGUAUCUCUAGAGCCUUUCGCAGUGUCUGUACACAGUAGUUAACAAAUACUGCAUGUAUAUGAGAGAGUGGCUUCCAUGUGGGUUGGGUACCCCGUCUUCCUAGCAAGUCUUCUAUUCACCCCCCUGCCCGGAGUCUGCCCCACCUCGUUGGGUCAGUUGCUCUCCAGAUGUGACUUCUAAAGCGGAUUUAUUUCAUAGAGCCGAGAGCCCUCGGUGUGCCACGCCCUUGCCACAAUUGCGCAAAUGAUGACUAGCCCUUCCUACCCGUGUUCUCUCCUCAAGCUCUGUUCCACUCCAACCUGACCCACAAAAUAUAAAACUGCUGUUUUACAACUUUGAUGAGUUCUCACUUGAUUCUAGAUAUGUAACUUGUAAAAUGGUAUUGCACAGUUUAUUCUGGGCAGUUUCUGAGUCAUUUUUAUACACAGAGGACAGCAUACUGUAAGUGCGUCGUAUUAUGUAAGGGCUUGUUUCUCCAGGUCAUACCAGCUGAGUCAUGGUUUGGAAAAUAAGAAGUAUUUGGCAUAGUCAAAAGCAUAUAAGUUUAAUCCUGGCCCUUCCCGUUCUAGCUGUGUGAUCUUAGGCAAGUCACUUAAUCACAUGAGCCUCUGUUUUUCAAGUGUAAAAUGGGCACAAUCAUCCCUAUCCUUGCUACUGAAGGUUCAAGGUGGGGACUUGAGUAAGAGAGAACAAGAGACUAAGCAAUUUCAAUGGAUUUCUGGAAGACUAAGCACAUGGAAGAACACUGAGUGGGAGAAGCUAUAGCCCAGGAUGUGCUUGGAGGGUCUUGCAGAAGACAGGGGAGCCUCCCUCUGUGCUAGAACCUUGCUGAGGCUGGGGACUCGGAAAAGUUAUCGGAAUGACUAGAAGAUGGAAGAUAGUGAAGAUCUCUAUACAAGAUGGUCAUCCUCCAUCCCUGUUCCUCAACUCUGGUGCCAGGAACCCCCAGCAACUGGAUGUUCAAUCACAGAGAAAACCAAAACCAACCAACCGAUGACCAGAGGGGACUUUUAUAAAGAGAGUGAAGGAUCUUUCUGAGAAAACUUGGGCAGCUGCAGCUGUUGGUACCGCGGCACAAAGUCAUCUACAUUCCGGCAUUUGAGAGGCCUCAGCACAACGAUCAGAUCUCUGACUAUUCACCCUAAAUUGAAGCCUGCCAAUCAGCAACUUCCACAUACGUGCUAAGAGUCCGAGUCAGCCUUUCUCCUAUCUCAUUCUUAACAGCCUGACAACUGGAGUCACCAAACAUUUGAGAAAAACCUACAGUAUGACAAAGAAAGGUAAACAGAGAAGAACCGACCCCAGAAGAAACAUAAUUCAGGGAAUAUAAGAAGAGCCAAAUAAAAAUCCUACAAAAUGAGUUACUUAUCACUAGAGAGAUGUGAAAUGAUAUUACAUCUGUUAAACAAGAACAUGAUGCUACAAAAAGGAAGAGUCAGAAAAUGGGAAGGAACUCUUGGAAAUGGUAUAUUCAACAGAUAGAUCAAUAGAUGAGUGAAACAAGUUUGGCAAGUGUUAACAGUUGUUGAAGUCUGGUGGUGGAUAUGUAAGUGUUCCUGUACUAUUCUUCCAACUUUUCUGAAUACUGGAAAAUUUCAUUAAUAAAUUUUUGAAAAAACAAAAAAGAUAACAGUUUGACAUAAAAUUCACUGAAGAAGUGAAUCCUGCUUUUGACACUUAGUAGCUACAUGACAGCAGUGAUGCCAAGAGAUGGUUCUUGGGGAGGGAAUGGGAACUGGGGGAGACUUGAUUCUAUGCAGAUCCUCCAUGGAGCUACCACCUGUGCCACCCAGAAGCAGAAGGGCAGCAUGCUUUAGCGCAAACCUCCUAAACACUACAUUUUGUCUCCGAAGGCCCACCCACCAAAAGCUAUGUGACCCGGGUGAAGUACUUAAUUUAUCCAUGGACCUAGUUUCGAGUAGAUCUGAAGGAUGAAGAGGAAAGAGGAGUUUAGGAUGACUUCCAGAAUUCUGGCUGGAGUGACACCUCAGGAAGAGGAGGCGUAGGCAUUCCUGGGGGGUUGGGAGGUACUUCAGGCCAAAGGACUCAAAGAAUGACCUUCUCUGUGGAAGCAGUGUGGAGGCUCAGAGUCAUCUAAUUUUAACAACAUGGGAUUUCUGCUUGUAUCCCAAGCUGAUGGAGAGGAACGAAGCAAUUAUGUCUGUUCUUUCAAAUGUUCUAUAAUGAGCAUAUAUUGCUCUAUUUGUAAAUAGAGAUUAUUGUUAAAGCCUUCCUAUGGUGUAAAGCUCAGAAACGGCAAAAACUGCUACAGGAGGUUGUAUAUUAUGAGCUAUAUUUUUAAUUGAGCAUUUAUAUGGUUGUGUGCUAAAAUUAAGCUUUUAAGUGCAUGCAUUUGAACCGAUAAACUCAGUUUAUGUCAGUUGAUGUUUAACAGCAAGAUGCAGCUUGAUGUGUUUUGCCAGCAGUUGAGGGAGAAACUGACAACAGCUACAACCACAGGAUGGGACAUCCAACCCCGGCAGCGAAGGUGGCAUCCGGAGUAGAGACAAGAAGUGUGUUUCCUUCUCUGUAGUCAGUGUCACAACCCCGUGCUGCUCAAUUGCUCAGAAUCGUGUGUGUGAGAGCUGGGAGCAGGGAUCGUAUAUACUAUUCUUCCGUGUCUCAAGCAGCACUUGUAGGGGAAGGUUCAUUGUCUCUGGAAUCUUGGCUCUGCCAUCCCCCAGCUUGUGUGUGGUACAUCACUGCUGUGGACUUCAGUUUUCUCAUCCAUAAAGGAAGGAGAAUCUCUUCUUGCUGGACUGUUGAUGAUAUUGAGUGAGUUGAUGUGCACCCUAAAUCCAGUGAUGAAUGGCCUUAUAAGGAACAAAAAAAGGAGAAGAACAGAGAGAUACAGAAGAGAAGGCCAUGUGAAGAUGGAGGCAGAGACUGGAGUGAUGUGUCUACAAACCAAGAAACACUAAGAAUUGCCAGCAGCCACCAGCUAGGUGAGAUGCAGACUCUCCCCCAGAGAUUCCAGAAGGAACCCACCAUCACCAGCAUCUUGAUUUUAGACUUCUGGCUUCCAGAACUGUGAGAGAAUAAAUUUCUGUUGUUUUAAGA